AUGUCGACAUCCACGUCAGCCGCCGUAUCUCCGCCGGAGGAAUUAUACGAGCAAUCCGUGGCGAUCCUGACUCGUUUGACGGAGAAAUGGAGCAACAUGGAAGAGGAAGAAGCGAAGAUUCGACGAGCAGCAGAAGCUACCAAGAGGCUCGUGGGUGUCUGCGCUGAGAGGGAACGAGCCAUGGCCAGCCUGAUCGACCGCUCACAGCAGGUGGUGUCGGAGAUGAGGGAGAGAGUGGGGGAGCUGCAGAGGGACUUGGAGGAGGAUACAGCGAGGGUGAAUGAGGCGAAGGAGCAGAAGAACGAGCAGGAGGCGGAGAUCAACGCACUCGUGGAAAAGGUGAAGGAGUAUCAGGCGAGGAUCAGCAAGCUCAUGCGGCGGCAAGAAGAGCUUCGAGAGAAGCGAGCGAAUCUUGAAGCGGAUGCAGACAUGCGUACCAUCAAGAUACGCAAGGAGAUUGCUCUCUUCUCGGGUUUCACCAACAUCCGCCUGGAUGUGGACGUGAAGGACCGGUUCGUCGGCACGUUGGUGCACCCCUCAGGGAACCCCGAGCUCGCCAGGCCCGUUGACUUUGACACCUCUGCUGCCAACACCACCACUGUCGCGUACCAGCUCUGGAACAUGGCUGGGAAUCUGACGAGUGUGUUGACACCAUUCGACGAAGCUGUUCAGAAGCUCAAUGCUUCAGGCUACACCAGUUUCGUGUCCCUGGUCAAGCUUUACGGAAAUCGGAAGGAAAUAACAGAUGCGUUGAAGAAGCCAUUGACGAUGCUCGUGCCAAGCAACGCAGCCUUCGUCAAGGAAAACCUGACGCAUUACAGCAGCAUCAAGAUUGCGACUCUUGUCUCAUUCCACGCUCUUAAAGGCGUACAGACUGAACUCGAGCUUCGAAUGCUAAAACCAGGAACUCAAAUCCCCACCUUGGCAACAGAUGUGAAGACCAAGAAGCCAUUAAUGCUUGUUAAACUCUCAAAGGCCAGCACGACGAGCAAAGUUAUUCUUCAGGGAAGGCGAGGUCCUACGAAAAGCACCCUGAUGAUCGUCAAAGGUGACUUCUACGUGAAACCAGGGGAACUGGCGGUUCAUACCACUGACGCCAUUGCUCUCCCAACUGGAUUUUAG